UUCGCCAACCCCCACUUCCACGUCAUUGGGGUUGAAUACUCUGCAUUGCGAGUUGCAAUUGCUCCCUCACACCUUAUACGUUGCCAUGGCGGCGCACGACACAGGGCCUCAAGACUUGGAACUCGAACCACCCACAGCUUCCGAUCUGGAGUCACUCGAGCUGUUCCGCCGGUCUCCUCACCCCUACCAUCGCCGACAAAGCCAUCACAUCGAGACACCCUCCGAGUUCUCAAGCAAUGAUUUCUUACGAACAAGCCUACAACCGUCCAGCUAUACCAUAUCCGACCAAGGCGGGAACAACUACAGCAAUACUAUACAGUCACCAAGCGAAAGUGGGACGGAAGCCGAUGAUGAGGGCUAUGGUUUCAUCAAGGCUCUUCCUGCUCCUCCGUUGAGGCCGCGCAAAGGACUGCGUAUCCCGCGAGGGGUAGGCUUGGAUGGCGGGGCAAGCCCUCUUCUCACGCCUUCGCAGAUCGACGAAGAGGGGCUUGAAGAAAGAAAGAAACUAUCUCGCAGUCAAGGAUCGUCUCCGAUCGAUGAUGAGGCGCAAAGAUUACGGCAGAGGUAUCUGAAGAGGCGGCGUAAUGAAGUAAUGCGGAGGACGGUCGAGGCGGCACUACUUGCCGCGAUCAGUGUACUAGCUAUACAUGGGAGCGAUUCCUGGGCCACGCUGCUUCAGCAAUACCGAGUUGAAAUCUCCGCGCAUACCGCUAUUAUACUUAGCCUUCUGGCCAUAUACCCUAUCCGGCUCAUAUUUUAUUCUCUAGGGAGAACUUCGUCCUCGAACCAACGAAUCGGACAACGCAUACGUAUACCAGCGACUUUUGAUCCAGCGCCCAUAUUAUACCCAGCUGUGAUUCCCGUUCUAAUUUCUAUUUCCCUUUUUGCAACAAACCAUGCUUUCCUGGUACCAAAUAUCAUCCUGGGCUUAGCAGCAUUACCCCCUCAGUUAAUACCAGACGAGAGCCCGGCAUCUGGUUAUUCUACCAUCCACUGGGUUAUUUCCAUAUUGCCCCUGAUAGCGUCUCAGAAUCUGCGUGGCACCCCCGCCUCCAUCAUGCCAUAUCAUGGCAUAGAUUCCGAAUUGCUUGUCGCCUUGUUCCCUCUACAUCAAGCUCUGCUUCCCCCUUUGCACUACCUCACUACAACAAGUCUGCUAAUAACUGAACUUCAUCUUCUCUCGGUCGGACUCAUCAAUCUACUGCUAUUCGCCAACUCCCCGCAAUCAGGCAUCUUGGCCAUUCUGCUGUGGCUUGGGGGUGUUGGUGUUUUCGUGCUUUGCGGGAGAGUGCUUAAAUGGGGCGUGGCGCUAGCCCGUAUACCCCGGUGGAAAUUCAGGCGUGCAGGGCAAAUCAUCAAAGCCCGACAGUCAUUUCUGCAUGCGCUCAACGAGCGCUUGAGAUCGCGCUGGUCAAAAAGCCCGAGCAGAGCCAUUGCUGACAGUGACGCCGACGAGGAUAAUCCUCUGAUCAAAAUGCCGACCAAGCGAACCAAAAGCUUGAAACUCAAAAUCAUAGAUUCACUCAAACACGGCCAUCAUUCCGCUCCUAGCGACGAGGUUCAGUCUGCAGUGGAAGCCAAAAAGAAAGAUUUUGAGCAGAACAUGCUUGAACAUCAAGCCGCACUGUCUAAACGACGAAAUACACUGCCUUCGCUACCAUCACAAAUAAAUGCAUCUCCGGGUGCCCACGAGCACCAGCACCGACGACGAGCCAGAUCGAUUGCGCAGUCAUUCCUCGCUCUUACACCAACGCAGGCGCUGAUCCGGAAAUGGACAUAUGCCAUGUAUUUCUAUCUUAUCGUGGUGACUCUAAUCAUCGGGCCAAUCCGUUACGUCAUCGGUCAAUACACUCUUCAAGCCCACGAGCCUUUUGGGUGGGCGAUCGGCUACUUGUUCGGAAACAUCCAACGGCUACGCUUCCAAGUCUUCAAUUGGGAUUUGGAGCGGUGGAUCGCACUUCCUCCACUGCGAGACACGACCGAGAUGGCAUGGGCGCAGAGCCUCGGUCCAGCUGAAUACCUGAGGCGUGUCUCGAUUGGUGAAGCCAAUGUACGCCUCUUCCUUUGCGUUUACUGCGUCGUCGUCAUUGCUCUCGGUCUCGUGGUCGUCUUCAGCCUCAGCGCCCUUGUAGAAGUCGACACACGUCGAAAAGUCUUCCAUGGCACCAUGGUAGCUAUGCUCCUCCCCACCAUCUAUAUCGACCCGUGCUUCGUAUCUCUUGCGCUUGCUCUGGUCCUCGCCAUCUUCCUCCUUCUCGACCUUAUUCGAGCUUCCCAGCUUCCCCCGCUCUCAGGACCCAUUGCCACCUUCCUUACUCCCUACGUGGACGGCCGCGAUCUCCGCGGACCUGUAGUUGUCUCGCACAUUUUUCUUCUCAUUGGGUGCGCGAUCCCGCUCUGGCUCUCCCUGGCUGGUGUGCAGCGCUCAGGCGAGGAACCGUGGAGUGGGUGGAACGUCGUGUCCCGUGACGUGAGCAUGGUGUCGGGAGUAGUGUGUGUGGGCAUGGGCGAUGCGGCGGCUUCGUUGGUGGGACGGAGGUUCGGGCGUCGCAAGUGGGCUUGGGCCGGGGGCAAGUCGCUGGAAGGGUCACUGGCAUUUGCCGUUGCUGUGAUGGUUGGGCUACUAUUUGGCAAAGCCUGGCUCGAAGUAGGCUGGGGGCUAUCUGGCGGCUUCCCUCUCCCAUCACGGUAUCACGGCAUUGAUAAUGACAACGCACCAAGGAGUUUCUCCCAGUUGGCGAUGGAUGCCGCGAUUGUGGUGGGGAAAGCAGCGGUCUGCGCGGUGGGGGCAAGCCUGGAAGAAGCUGUUUUGACGGGUGGGAACGACAAUGUGAUUGUGCCUGUGGUACUUUGGGUGUUGGUACGGGGUGUUGGGUUAUAG